AUGGGUAGUAACAAAAGCAAACAGCCGAAAUAUGUUAAACCUUAUGUUCGACCAAAACCUGUGGAAAAACGUCCAGUUGUUCCUCCUGAACCAGAACCAGUACCUGAACCACCGAAGAAAAUCACAAAGAGAAUUCCGAAAGUCUUCCCUCGUUAUAUUCCACGUCGCGAUCGACUACAUAGUCCUCAAACUAAGCGACCUAUCGAGCUGUCAUGGUUACAAAAGAACGGCGAAAACGAUAAUUAUUCUCGAAUCAAUUACCACUAUCACGGCCUUCAUCAAUAUCAUUAUCAUGGCCAUCACCAUCAUCAUCAUCAUCAGAGCCUUCACGAUAAUGAACAUGAUACUCGAAUUCCAUUAGCAAUCAAACGCAUUCAUGGUUUUGUGGUCACAUUUCGUGACGUAUACGCGGUGUUAUAG